AUGGCAACGAAGACGAUGACCAUGCCGAAGCACAAGCUUCCCAAGAAUAUCAAGCUCCCUCCAGAGAACGAGAGAUAUAUGAGAGCCUGCUCAGAUAUAGCGAACGCGCUGAUCCAGGAUUAUGAAGCGCAACGGGACGACAAGAAAUCAAAGAAGGAUAUCAACUUGAACAAGCUGCGGGGCAUAAUCGCGAAGAAACACUAUCUGAGCAAUCUACCGCCCUUGACAGCUAUUAUUGCUGCUGUCCCAGAGCAUUAUAAGAAAUAUAUCCUUCCAAAGUUGAUUGCAAAACCAAUAAGAACUUCCUCUGGAAUCGCUGUAGUUGCGGUGAUGUGCAAGCCUCAUCGUUGUCCACAUAUUGCGUACACCGGAAAUAUCUGUGUUUACUGCCCAGGUGGUCCAGACUCGGAUUUUGAAUACUCCACACAGUCUUAUACCGGAUAUGAGCCAACGUCGAUGCGAGCCAUCCGAGCUCGAUACGACCCGUUCGAACAGGCGCGUGGUCGUGUUGAUCAGAUUAAAUCACUUGGACACAGCGUCGAUAAGGUAGAAUACAUCAUCAUGGGCGGUACAUUCAUGUCAUUGCCUGAGGAGUAUAGAGAAACAUUCAUAUCACAGCUCCACAAUGCUCUAAGUGGCUAUCAAACCGAUAAUGUUGACGAGGCCGUGCAGGCUGGAGAAAUGAGUAAUACCAAAUGUGUCGGAAUUACGAUCGAGACACGGCCUGAUUACUGUCUUGACACCCAUCUCAGUAGCAUGCUUCGGUACGGCUGUACCAGGUUAGAAAUUGGAGUGCAGAGUCUUUACGAAGAUGUGGCGCGAGAUACAAAUAGAGGGCACACUGUAGCCGCCGUGGCGGAAACAUUUAAGCUGUCAAAGGAUGCCGGGUUCAAGGUGGUCAGCCAUAUGAUGCCCGAUCUUCCAAAUGUCGGAAUGGAGAGAGACCUCUUCCAGUUCCAGGAAUACUUCGAGAACCCCGAUUUCCGGACUGACGGUCUGAAAAUAUAUCCUACCCUUGUUAUUCGAGGAACUGGUCUUUAUGAACUCUGGAGGACUGGUCGCUACAAGAACUAUACCCCAAAUGCUUUAAUUGAUAUUGUCGCCAGGAUCCUCGCCCUUGUGCCUCCGUGGACCAGAAUUUACCGCGUGCAAAGAGAUAUUCCGAUGCCACUUGUCACGUCUGGCGUGGAGAAUGGAAAUCUCCGUGAACUUGCACUCAGCCGAAUGAAAGACUUUGGCACAACAUGCCGUGACGUCCGCACCCGAGAAGUUGGAAUUAAUGAGGUAAAAAACAAAAUCCGGCCAAAUCAGGUCGAACUCGUUCGACGUGACUACACAGCAAACGGAGGAUGGGAGACCUUCCUUGCAUACGAGGACCCAAAACAAGACAUUCUCAUCGGUCUUCUUCGACUUCGAAAGUGCAGUUCCACACACACUUUCCGCCCCGAGCUCACCGGUCAGCAAACUAGUUUGGUACGAGAGCUACACGUCUACGGCUCUGCAGUCCCAGUUCAUGGCCGGGACCCUCGCAAGUUCCAGCACCGUGGGUUUGGAACUUUGCUUAUGGAGGAGGCGGAGAGGAUAGCCCGUGAAGAGCACAGAAGCCGCAAGAUUAGUGUUAUCUCAGGCGUGGGGGUACGGAGCUACUACGCCAAGCUAGGAUAUUACCUUGACGGAGUAUAUAUGAGCAAAAUGCUUGAUCCUCUUGACGAUACCCAGGAUUCUGAAUAG